AUCACAUUCUUCAUGCUGCUGUCAGCAGUGUGUGUGAUGCUCAACCUGGCGGGCUCCAUCCUCUCCUGCCAGAAUGCUCAGCUGGUCAACUCCCUGGAAGACUGUCAGCUGCUCAAGUUUGACAGCGAUGGAGUGUGUGUUUGCUGCGAGCUACAGCAGCAGAGUUCGAGCUGCAACAACCUGGGAGAGACUCUGAAACUCAAUCCACUAAGGGAUUGCAAUACCAUUCGCCUACGUCUCAAGGAGCUGCUGUUCAGCGUAUGUGCCCUUAAUGUCAUCUCCACCAUUGUGUGCGCUCUAGCCACUGCCAUGUGCUGUAUGCAAAUGGUCUCAACUGAUGUGCUGCAGAUGUUUAUGCCGCACAGAGCGCGAGCCCUAAACGCUGACUGCAUGACCCCCCAUGGAACCAUCCUCCACCAAACACUGGACUUUGAUGAGUUUAUCCCCCCCAUUCCCCCUCCACCAUAUUAUCCCCCUGAGUACACCUGCACCCCCUCAAUGGAUGGACAGAGAGGCCUGCACCUGGACUUUCCCCAUUCUCCCUUCAGUGCCAUUUAUGGGGUGCCCAUCAACAGCCCAGGGACCCUGUACCCAACUGACCUGCCGCCUCCGUAUGAGUCAGUGGUGGGGCAGACCCCUGCCAGCCAGGUCACCACCAGCAUAGAGCAACAGGCUACUGAGUCCAGUUUGUGUGAGAGAAACACCACUGCAGGUCUCAGCACUCAGGCCUCAGUGGACAGUGCAUCACUGAUGGUGUCAGAGGUGGCCGAUCAGGACCAGACCUGCUCUUCAGAGGACUUGUGCUCCCUGGAGGUCCAGGGCUCUGACUCUUCUCCUUAUGGCACACUCCACACUGCCCCCACUGAUGGAAGCUGCACCAGCCUGGAACUUUGCACACGUGACUCGUCACGGUGCCGUCGUGGCCUGCGUAACACGGAUACCCGCCCCAGUGAUACCGGAUACAGUGAGUCCUCACACACCCAGGAGUCUCUGGAACGCUCUCCAGACUGGUCCUCAGAAAACUUUAGCAAUCUGGACCAGGAGGAUUCCACAGAAAACACACAUCCAUGUGAGGAACUCAGGGCUGCAAUGCACAUAUGUGAUGAGCUUGCGUCGGCCAAACAUUUACCAGAGGAGCCACCUAAAGCAUCGACGCAUACCCUCAUUAAAGCACGAAUGAUGAGCCGGAAGCUCACGCUCCCUGUCACUAUCCCCCCACCACCUCAGCCUUGUUCCCCCACCUCUGUGGCCUCCUCUGGUGGAACUUCAGCCAUUAGCCCACUGGCUCCUUCACCUUCCCCUCCUAGCAGGCCACGCGGCCCCAGGUUGUGUUUUAGUGUUUGGUCAGCUUCCUCUACAUCACAACCCCCCUCUACCUCAGUCCAAAGUGGCCUCUCGCCCUCAGAGAGGCCUCGGGGGCUCCGAGCAGCCAGGAGGUACCGCAAGCUGGCACGCAUUGUCCGCUCCACCAGCGACCCUAUCUCCUGCUCCUCAACAAUAGGAGGAGAAAAUAGUGGCUCCGCCUCUGCAAAUAACCCUGCUGAUGAAGCUUCAGCUCAUACAUCACCAGAACAAGAACCAAGAGACAUGUCAGCAGAGGUAGGUGGAGCUAAACCCAGUCACACAUGUGUCAGAAAGCAGCAGAAAGAGGACAGGAAAAUUGAUAUCCAACUUAAACCCCGAUCCCUGCACACACACUCCUCCCAUGAACGCCCACACUCCCUGGCUGACCUUAAGAUGUACAAAGACACCAAAAUAUUGGUGGCCAAGUUUCUGGAGCAUUCAAGCUGCAGUCUACCUCCUGAAGUCCAGCAGGUUGUCAACAACAUCAAGUGUGUCAUCAAGUCGGAUGAGAAACACAUGGAGGAGGCCAUCUUUAGUGCCAAUGUCAUAGAUCAGGUGAUGACCCAGCGCAUCAUAGGCAGUCCCCGGAAGCGAAACCACGAGGAUCUUCACCUCCAGAGCUGCGGCGCUUUGAGUUCAUCCCCGUCCCCUUCCAUGCGCCGUCCAAAACACCUCCCACAAACAACCAGCGCCUCCACCAACCCACUGGACUCCCCCUCCUCUGAACAAAGCCUUGAGUGCAGAGAAACUAUUCUCUGACCACUCUCCCAGCAAGGACUUGGGUCAAAACUCCGAGGGCAUUUCAGGGCGCUGGAGUUGCAGACACGCUGUGCUGUGCAGCAGAUGUCUGUAGAGUAAUUAAUAACUCUUCGGACACUGUGAGAUCAUUUAUUUGUACAGUGUGACUGGAGCACAGGCAAGCUGAAAUGCUCUCAUGCUGUAUCUCCUAGUGCCCUGUGAGACCGUGCCAAGUCAUCAGCAGAAAUGGUAGCAAACUCAAACUGAGCCUGCCAGUGUCUGUAGUGGCUUCUUUCUCAUCAGAAAAACAAAAGAAUGUUUCUCCCUCAGGGGAUCUUUUCUACUGAGUUUCAUCUCUUAAAAGGAAACAAAAUAUACAACAAUUUGAAUCUGUGACUGAAAGACAAAGGAGAUUUUGUUUUCAGUAUUCCUCUUGUCCUCAUAAGAAACAGAGAGAACUGAACCGACUGGGCAUUACUAGCCAUUGUUUGCAGACUUUGUGGAACUGUUACUCAUAUGGUGGUGAAUAUUUUGUGGUGUUGCUGGUUCAAAAACAUCACAGAUGUGGAUUAUUUAACUUACCUCAUUGUGUUACAA